AUGCACGCCUCCAGCUUCCUCGCCAUCCUGGCCACCGGCGCCUCCAUGGUCGCCGCCCAGACCACUGCCGCCGCCGGCGAGGGCACCACCACCUCCACCUCGACCAUGACGCAGACCAUCACCAUCACCUCGUGCAACCCGGCCGUCACCAACUGCCCCGGCCGCAACACGUCGACCAGCAUCCCCGCGACGACCAACAGCACCACCUGGUACCCCAUGUCCAACACCACCAGCUCCUGCGGCCCCACGGCCUACCCGAGCAACACCACCUUCUGGAUCACCCCCUCCUCCACGCCCUCCAAGACGGCCGUCAUCGUCCCGCCCCAGCCCACCACCGUCCCCACGGGCAAGACGACCGCGCCCCCGACCUCGGGCGCCGCCAACCUGUUCAUGCAGAGCGGCCUGCUCCUCGGCAUCGUCGGCGCUGGUGUCGCGCUCCUCGCAUAG